AUGGGACAAACUCAAAGUCAAGAGUCCGAGUCUACCUCGCUUCCAAAGUCUGAGCACGAGGAGCAAGAAUUCGACUUUUCUCAAAUCCCCGACGACCGUGUCCAAGCUUUGGGCCCCAACUCCGAUGCGGAACCUGAUCUCAAUCCGGCACCUGCUCCUGAUGAGUCCACAGGCAUGGCAAGACGCUUCAAUCGCAAACACAGAACGCAGGCGCUGGCGGUGAGAGACGCCACGACCAAGCCGCGUAGCGAAUCCAAGAAGCGCAGUCGCAGACGCCGGCUGUCAGUAAACAGCUCCAGCGACGACUGGGCGAAUGAAGCAACAAAACGAAAGUCCCCCUCUCUCCGACACCCGACCGACACAAGUCCUCACAAACCCUUGAAAGAGACGGAGCCAGAAACCUAUCACAUAUAUGCGACGUCGGAUACCAGCGACGGAGACAACGCCAAAAGCCCUCGGCGGCAGAGCGGGAACACUACAUUCACCGCAGUCAAUGGAGCGAGUCAGCGAGGUACCGCUGCAGCGUCUCACACGCGCUUCCACAGCUCGGAAGAUGACGAUCCAAUUAUCAAGCAAGCUGAGACUAUCCACGCAAAACCUACGCCUGAGGUUGCCGUUGCAUCAGGGACCAAUGCGACAAAUGGAGAGACUUCUGGCGUGCCCGCUGCGGAGAUGCCACAGCUCAAGUCGAACGAUAAAGGCCGGUUUCUAUGCCCUUGGGCGGACGUCCACAACUGCAAAUUGACCUUCGGCUCGGGAAAGGCAGCGAGAAGACACGCGAACGUACACACGAUGAGCUUCCGUUGUGUUGUUUGUGGAAAACAGAUGAGCCGAAAAGAUACGCUGGCGAAUCAUAUGAAGCUACACAGUGCAUUGCAGAUUGCUUCUGCUGAAGCCUCCUCAAAGCUCAAUGAAGAUCCAGAGGUCGAGAUGCCUGAGCAACCACAGUCUACGCAGCCGAAUGUGUCAAAUGACGCACAAACCCAGGUCGAGGACGGGGAGCCACCAGAAGAGGAUUCCAUGGAGUUUACCACUCCUCAAGAGAAACCGGAGUCUAAGGAUCAUGGUCACAGCCUCGACGUGGAACCUCGGUCAGAUGGACUGGAAGGACCGGAGAUCGAGAUGCAUGAGGCUACGCGUGAUGCCGACGUCGCCGAAGAUCUUUCCGACCCUAAGUCAACCUCCCCCUCUAGCGUCUUCGAUGAAACAGAAAAUAUAAUCGUGAAAGAGACUCCGAUGCCGAGAGCAAACCUCAAACGUAAACGGGACGCCGGAGACGGUCCCCAACCCCAACGAAGCAGCCCUGAGAGAACCCGCAAACGCAGGAAGGGGUCGCCUAACUCCCCGCCUACUUCCGUCCCACCUAACGAAACAAGCAAGCCAGAUUCACUAAAGAAACCAGGGGUUACAGAUGUCCUUCAAAGUCGGCAGAUCACGGACAAGAUUGUACCACGACUACAGAAAAGACAGGGGAGCAUGGAUGGCUGGGCCCAAAAAUAUACGCCAGGUUCAGGCCUCAGACAUCCAACCCUCAAUCCGAAGUCACCGCCAUCUAGCUCCGUCAAACAGCGGCCUGAGGUGGUCGUUCCAGGAACAAGCCAAGCUGGCCCUUCUAGCAUGAAGUCCAAGAAAAAGGACCUCGCCCCGACGGACGGCGCAACGGGUGCCGACCAGGAGCGUUCUGACGCCGACGCCUUGGAAGGACUCGGUCGGAAGAAACUAAGAAAAGCUACUUAUGCGACACCAAAGGGCAAAAAGCGAGCAGAGCCUGAUGUGGAUUAUUCGACUCCGAUGAAGGAUUCUGUUCAUGUUGAGGUUGAUGCUUCUCACAGCGAGGACGACAGUGAACCUGUUGACAUUGCAACGUCUGUUGCCAAAAGGACGUUUCAGGAACGAGAUGAGGAUGAGGAUCAUGAUCCAGACCUUGAUGGAGAUCAAACUACCAGUUCCGAAAAUGAUGUGAGCGAAGUAGAGUCAGCCAGGAAAGCCAAUAGAGUCAGCAAAGCUCCAAAAUCCAAGCAAUCCGGCAAUGCAGACUCGCUCGAGUGCGCCAGGUGUCAUCGGAGAUUUGCAAAUCGCAAUCUGCUCAACAAUCACUUGAAGAAGCCUCGUGCGCAUGUGGGUCUGUUUAAGUGCCAGGAAUGUUCAGAGGAGUUUUGGGCGAGUACUGCUCUCGCCGAACACGAGAAGGACAUGGGCCACGGCAAGGGUAACGGUCUACAAGGACGCACUGGCGCCUUCAGUCAAGUCGAGCUCAACAAAUUAAACAGGUGGAGAGAUAGGUUUUGCGAGUACCACAACAUCAGCCGAAUUCAGUUCAACGACAUGAUGACGGAUACCAUGACACGGGACAAAAGAAGCAGUUGGAACUGGCCGUUCAUCAAGCGAGCAGAGUUUCUAAAAGAGUAUCUUGGUGUUCUCCCGAAUCGGAAUAGACGAUCAAUGCUGCGUUAUCGUGAACGAAACUUUCAGAACGUGGAGGGGUCGAGGAAUUGGACGGCCGAAGAUGACAACGACCUGAUUCGAUUGCACAAAGAACUCGGGCCAAAGUGGGCUGAGAUCGCAAAAAGGCUGACGAGGACAGUCGAUGCAGUCAGUCAACGAUGGCACCAUAAAUUACGCUACGGCGAAGUAGACACUGGUGAAUGGUCCAAAGCAGAGGAUGCCAAGUUCCGCAAGAUUUUGGACGAGUUACGGCGCGACUCGGACGGGAAUGAGUUGCAGGAUUACCGCAUCCCGUGGAACAAGGUCAGUGAGAGAAUGGGCACACGGUCCGCGCAGCAGUGCUCGAACCAUUAUCGCGCUCGGCAUUCGAAAAAGGAGCGAGGGAAGUGGCUUAAGAUUGGCGCCUUGGAGAAGAGCCCGAGGUCAACUCGGAUUCUGACACCGUCAAAGAUGGAGCUGAGGCUAAGUGGGAAUACGAAAAAAACAAGGACUUCGAGGAAAGGCCUCUCGGAAGAGUAUGUUGUCGAUGACGAGGAAGAGGGUAGUGAAGGUCCGGAAGAAGACCAACGAGAUGGCGAAGCCUCCGAGAACGACAAGGCGGCAGAGGAUGCUCCGAACGAGGAUACUAGCAGUGAUUCUGGAUCUGAAUCAGAAGCGGAUGUCGAGGUUGAGGAUCAAUCGCGCUCGUCGGCCAAAGAUGGAGAUCCGACUGAUGAGAUUUCUCGCACACGGAUUCCGCUAAUCACAAAGACGCCUGGUAAAACUCUUGGGUCAAGCCAGUUGUUCGAGCAGACCCAGGCCAACACUUCAGCACUGAAACCUUCACAAACGAGCAGCAAAAAGGCAAGACUGCAGGAAAGCCAGGAACGACCGUCGCCGAAUAUUCCCAUCCAGCGACGGCGACUGGAAUCGAGAUCUCCUUUGGAGGAGAUUCCUGUGCUGGAAAAUGGUGACUUGGCUUCUGAGGAGGAGGAGGACGAGGAGGAGGAGGACGAGGAGGAGGAGGACGAGGACGAGAACGAGGACAAGAGCGAAAUGAGUGGGGGAGAUGAUGACCUGGGCGCGGCUCAGCAGACUGACGAGGAACGUGACACUACCUCUGAGGGCUCUGCGGAUGAAGACGAAGACGAGGACGGAUCCGCAGAGCAGGCUGUCGACGCUGAAGCGGUAGAGACCGACGAUGACGACGAUGACGACGACAACAAUGAUGACGAUGAUGAUACUGCAAGUACGGACGAGAACACGGAUGGGGAUGAUGGUGAUGACGUUGAUGAGGACUCGUCCCUUGAGGGUGGGGAUGAAGAUUUGGGAGAAUCCGUUGAACAUGAACACGGGUCAAGUUUCAUGGACAGUAUCAACGAGUCUGCGAAACGGUCGAGGAUUCGGAGUAGUCAGUCAGUCAGACAUUAA